AUGCAUGUCGGUCGCCUUUUGCUCUUUUUGGCCCCUUUGCUUGUAAAGGCCCAGCUCUCUGGUAGCGUUGGGCCUCUUACAUCGUCCAGUGACAAGAGUCAGACUAAGACUUGCAAUGUUAAGGAUUACGGCGCAGUAGCCGACAAGUCUACAGACAUUGGGCCUGCGCUCUCAUCUGCCUGGGAGGAGUGCUCCUCUGGAGGAGUUGUCUACAUUCCCCCAGGCGACUACGCGAUUUCGACAUGGGUCAAGCUGUCCGGCUGUGAGGCCUGUGCUAUCCAGCUUGACGGAAUCAUUUACCGAACUGGGUCCGACGGCGGCAACAUGAUCAUGAUUGAGCACUCCUCCGAUUUCGAGUUCUUCAGCAGUACCUCCAAGGGUGCAAUCCAGGGGUACGGGUAUGAGUUCCAUGCCGAAGGCUCCUCGGAUGGUCCCCGGAUUCUGAGGCUCUACGACGUAUCUGACUUCUCCGUGCACGAUGUGGCGCUUGUGGAUGCCCCUGUCUUCCACUUCUCGCUGGACACCUGCUCAAACGGCGAGGUAUACAACAUGGCGAUCCGUGGUGGCGAUUCAGGAGGAUUGGAUGGGAUUGACGUCUGGAGCGAGAACGUGUGGAUCCACGAUGUCGAGGUCACAAACAAGGACGAAUGUGUCACUGUCAAGAGCCCGGCCAAAAACAUCCUCGUUGAGAACAUUUACUGCAACUGGAGUGGAGGCUGCGCGAUGGGGUCCCUAGGAAGUGACACGGAAAUCUCCGACAUUGUCUACCGUAACGUUUACACCUGGAAGUCGAACCAAAUGUAUAUGGUCAAGAGCAACGGAGGCAGCGGAACCGUGUCCAACCUCGUGUUGGAGAACUUCAUCGGCCACGGAAACGCGUACUCGCUGGGCAUUGAUGCUGAAUGGAGCAGCAUGAGCGCCGUAGACGGCGAUGGGGUCGAGCUGAACAACGUGACGGUUCGUAACUGGAAGGGCACCGAGGCAGACGGAGGACAGCGAGGCCCGAUCAAGGUGGUCUGCGCGUCCGGGGCUCCAUGCACGGAGGUGACGAUCGAGGACUUUGCGAUGUGGACCGAGUCCGGAGACGAACAGACGUACCGCUGCGAAAACGCGUUCGGCGAAGGCUUCUGUCUGCAAGAGGGCGACGGCUCGUCUGGAUACACAACAACACAGACCGCCUCCACCGCGCCGUCUGGCUUCCCCGCACCCCGCAUGCCGAACGAUCUCGACUCGGCGUUUGGCACCGACAGCGAAAUCCCCAUUCCCACCAUCCCAACCUCCUUCUAUCCAGGAGCGACCCCCUACAGUGCCCUCGCCGGAGCUGCAUCGUCUGCAGGCUCGUCAACCCCUGCUGUGAGCGACCGUGCAAGAGCCACCCCGCCCGCGACUGGGUCGAUCAGUCUGUCUUUGUCAUCCACCGCCGACCCAACACGUGUUGUGAGCACUGCGACCAGCUCGACUCCCCUUCCUUCCUCUCCCUCUUCCUUGGAUGCACAAGCCCCUCUAGAAACACAUGGGCACUCUCAUCAUAAACACCAUUGUCGUGCCCACUGA